AUGGCGGAGUCGGCCGGAGCCUCCUCCUUCUUCCCCCUUGUAGUCCUCCUGCUUGCCGGCAGUUGCGGGUCCGGGCCCCGGGGGAUCGAGGCUCUGCAGUGUGCGUGUACUAGCUGCCUCCAGGCCAACUACACGUGUGAGACAGAUGGGGCCUGCAUGGUUUCCAUUUUCAACCUGGAUGGGAUGGAGCACCACGUGCGCACCUGCAUCCCCAAAGUGGAGCUGGUCCCCGCCGGGAAGCCCUUCUACUGUCUGAGCUCCGAGGAUCUCCGCAACACCCACUGCUGCUAUACUGACUUCUGCAACAAGAUCGACCUGAGGGUGCCCAGUGGUCAUCUCAAGGAGUCUGAGCACCCUUCCAUGUGGGGCCCCGUGGAGCUGGUAGGCAUUAUUGCUGGCCCAGUGUUCCUCCUGUUUCUCAUCAUCAUCAUUGUUUUCCUUGUCAUUAACUAUCAUCAGCGUGUCUAUCACAACCGCCAGAGACUGGACAUGGAAGAUCCCUCAUGUGAGAUGUGUCUCUCCAAAGACAAGACGCUCCAGGAUCUUGUCUACGAUCUCUCCACAUCGGGGUCUGGCUCAGGGUUGCCCCUUUUUGUCCAGCGCACAGUGGCCCGAACCAUCGUUUUGCAGGAGAUUAUUGGCAAGGGCCGGUUUGGGGAAGUGUGGCGUGGCCGCUGGAGGGGUGGGGACGUGGCUGUGAAGAUUUUCUCUUCUCGUGAAGAACGUUCUUGGUUCCGGGAAGCAGAGAUAUACCAGACAGUCAUGCUGCGCCACGAGAACAUCCUUGGAUUUAUUGCUGCUGACAAUAAAGAUAAUGGCACCUGGACACAGCUGUGGCUCGUCUCAGACUACCAUGAGCAUGGCUCCCUGUUUGAUUAUCUUAACCGAUACACGGUGACAAUCGAGGGGAUGAUUAAGCUGGCCUUGUCUGCGGCUAGCGGGCUAGCACACCUGCACAUGGAGAUUGUAGGUACCCAAGGGAAGCCUGGAAUUGCUCAUCGAGACUUAAAAUCAAAGAACAUCCUGGUGAAAAAAAAUGGCAUGUGCGCCAUUGCAGACCUGGGCCUGGCUGUCCGCCAUGAUGCGGUCACGGACACCAUCGACAUCGCCCCAAAUCAGAGGGUGGGGACCAAGCGAUACAUGGCCCCCGAAGUGCUCGACGAAACCAUUAACAUGAAGCACUUCGACUCCUUCAAAUGUGCUGAUAUCUAUGCCCUCGGGCUUGUAUACUGGGAAAUUGCUCGAAGAUGCAAUUCCGGAGGAGUCCAUGAAGAAUAUCAGCUGCCAUAUUAUGACUUAGUGCCCUCUGACCCUUCCAUUGAGGAAAUGCGAAAGGUCGUAUGUGACCAGAAGCUACGUCCCAACAUCCCCAACUGGUGGCAGAGUUAUGAGGCUCUCCGGGUGAUGGGGAAGAUGAUGCGGGAGUGUUGGUACGCCAACGGUGCGGCCCGCCUCACCGCUCUGCGCAUUAAGAAGACCCUCUCACAGCUCAGCGUGCAGGAAGAUGUGAAGAUCUAAGCCUCUCCCUCCCUUGCACGCAGCCCUGGGCGGCGGGAACUACACACACAGCUGCCCUGUUGAGCGUACGAUGGAGGCCUACCUCUCGUUUCUGCCCAGCCCUCUGUGGCCAGGAGCCCUGGCCCAAGAGAGGGACCGAGCCCGGGAGACUCCCUCACUCCCAUGUUGGGUUUGAGACACAGACCCCUUUUAUAUUUACCUCCUGACGGCAUGGAGACCCUGAGAGCCAACGGUGUGGAGAACUCGAUGCCACAACUCGAACUGGCUGUGGUGGGAAGUCCCGCAAAGCCCGGGGCACCUGGCGGGCGGCCGGGAGGACCCAGGAGAAGCCGAGUGUCGCCAGUGCCCAGCAGCACUGAGGGUUUUCCUCCGGGGACCAGCCAACCCCAGCACUCCGAGGUGGCCCAGAGGCACCGCAAAGUACCGCCCCCUCUCACAGGCAGCUCUGGACCCCGGGCUCCCCUCCUCCCUCCCGCGGACAUCUGGAGGGACCGCCAGUGGGGACAGGGUCUGCCGCCUGUCUGUCC